GCUCCUGGGGGCCCGAGUGACCUCUGCUCCUCUGCCGCGAGAUGUGUGGGAGCUGAGACUUCCAUUGCGGUACCAAUUUGCUUCCAGCUCUAGGCGCUUAGCGAGUCAGUGAAUUCACGUGAGUUGAAAACGGGAAGAGUUGACACCGAUUGGAGCAGAAAUGAGCUGAGCGGAAGUGAUGUUUUCAUGAACCUCUCUAGGAAGACAUACUUAAUCAUGGUAGCUGUGGCCUGUGAGCCUAUAAUAAGCCCGAGGCACCGAUAACUAACUCGGGAAGAUAGAAACCUCGUCUCUGCUCAGUAUCCUGGGUUGGCCUUGAACUCAAGAGCCUCCCACGUGCUGGGAUUACAGGCCACGUGCCUACACACUAAGCAGGAAAGAGAAAAGGAAGAAGAUGUUAAAAACUAAGCAGUCAUCCUGGUAAUGGAGCUAUGUCAGGAAAGUGAGACUGAUUUAGAAAAUAGUGAAAUUAAAACCACAGAAGAAAUUGAAGAAAACUUUACUUGUCCAGAUGAAAGAAGAGAAAAGAGCCAUGUGUGUUGUCUUCUUGAUAUCAGUGACAUUACUCUCAAAGAAGAUGAAAGAAUCGAGUUCGUUGUUGGCACUGGGUGGGAAGAAGCUGUCCAUGGUUGGGGAAAGACUUCUCCAGCUGCCUGCAUCUGGUCACGGAAGAAACUGAAAAAGGCAAGAGCAGGGGAAAACUCCAGCAGUAGCUGCUUGCUGUGUGUCAGCCUCUCUCAGGUGAUCCCGGAAUCCAAGUCUGCCCUGGAGACUGGAAAAUGGGAGACAAAGACUGUGGCUGACCCAGGCCUGGAGAAGAAUUGGAACACUUCCUCUCAGAUUCCAGGGCCUUCCCAGGUCUCGAGCACUGCUCCCAGGGAGAGUAACAACCUCUGCUUUCCCAACUACAUUCACAGAGAAAAAAAAAGUCUGCAAAUCAAGGAGUUUAUCUGGUGCCUGGACGAAUGGGCCACCCAGGAGGUGCCUAGUGGCAAGGCGGCCCAGAGUCCCAGCAGAGGCAUGUGCCCGGAGAGAGGGUUCUCCCUGUCCGACUCCUUGACCUCCAAGGCCCUCCUAGUCCUGCCUCCCCUGAGAGCUAGUCCUCCAAACAGUGUGGAACCUCUGGGUAAGAACAGUAAGAACAUUUUCUGGCAGUCAGAUGAGAAAGUGGUGAAAGUGGAGAAAGAUGAGUGUGAGACUACUGGCUAUGGAUUGAAAUCAGUGGAUGGGACAGGUGACAAGAGACACUUUGAGCUGACCAAGCACCUCAUGGUCACCAAGGGGACGUCUUUGACAUCUCCGCCCGAGGCCCCGACACCCCUGCUGGCUGAUUCUGAAAGGUGCUGCCUGCGAUGGUCCCUCCUGACUGAGAAAACCUCCAUGUGCCCUCCCAACCCCAACAGCAUCCACUAUCUGGCUACCUUGCAGCUUUUGCAGAAAGAAGGACUACAAAGCUACAGACCUACAUUGAAAACCAAGGACCCAAGACCUCUCAGGAAUACCCAGAGGCACGUUCUUACAAAGACCAAGCAGGAAAGCAGUCCCCAAAUGCUGGAUACCAAAGUGUUCCCAAGACCUCUCUUGCCGUCCCUCACACCCACUCGACUUGCCAGCAAACCUUAUUACAGACUGGAAAUGGUGACCAGUUCUUUCGGAGCCAGGUUCCCACCAGCUUCCUGUGGAUCCUGGCCUUCCCAGUAUGAAGUGAAGAAAAAAAGUGAAUUUCAAUUUAUACGUUUCAGAAGUUGUUAAUAGCCAGGCAUGGUGGCACAAGUCUGUCAUCCCAGCACUCAGAAGGCUGAGGUUGGAGGAUUAGGAGCUCGAGGUUAGGCCAGGCUAACCUCGAGCUCACAAGCUAGUCUGGGCUACAUAGCAAGACCCUGUCUCAGAAAAAAAAAAAAAAAGAAGCCGUUAAUAGUAAAAACCCUAAAGAAAAGAGCCUAAAGGGAUUCUAAAAUAUUUUUAAGACAAGUGGUAGAAUGUUUGCUUAACAAGUUUGAAGCCCUGAGUUCAAAUCCCAGCACCCAGGAUGAGAGUUCACUGGUCUCUAUGGUUUCUAAACAAGGCAUAGCUUCCUGAAUGCCGGGCUUGAUACUGCAUGUACAGCAAGGCAUGAAGUCCCACUCAGCAGCUGGCUGGACAUGUUCAGAGCAGGGCUGUUAGACCUCUGCUGCUUCCAUUUUGGACUGGAUCCUCCUUGUACUGGCUGCUGACUUAAGCAUUGUGGGAUGCUAAGCAGCUCCCUGACCUCCAGAUAUUGAUGCCAGUAGCAGCCACCCUGUACCCUCUUUGUGACAGCCCAAAACUAUGUCCAGACACUGCUGUCUUCCUCCAAGGGCAAAAUCACCCCACUGAAGGAACAGUGUGGCAGGGAACUCUGAAACACUCUGCCCCUGCCUUGGUGGCCUCUAGAAAGAUGCAACCAAAGCUGUGAUUCCAUUGUGAUAGUCUCUCAUAGUGACCACAGGGAGCCUGUUCAGAAAGAGCUAUAGCUUUCCUGAUCCAUUAACUGUUGUAGCCAGAUUGCAAAGAUAGUAAAUAUGCUUACACCUCUUGUCAUUAUUCAGAAUCCCCAGAGUUUUGGCAACGCUGUUCCCUGAACUCCCUGCUUGUCCUAAACAGGUAUAUUACACAGCCACCACCGACACACAUGAUAUGUCUUAGGAACCACUGCUAAAUCUCUGCACCUGAACUCUGUGUAAAUCUUUAAAAACAAAAGUGUCUCUGUUUAUUACAACCUGGGGGUGGGAGGCAUGGCCCAAAUGGUAGAGCUAACACCCUUGGCCCUGAUACUAUUCAUCGCUUCUAAUUUAUGUGGCUAUUUCUUCAAAUCCUCACAGUUGGUUUCUCCUAAUUAAAAUUUAAGAUGACAGGAAGUUAGAAUACUUACCAUUAUGGUAACUAUUUACAGAACUUAAGAAUCCAAGCUCCUAUUUCUUUAGCACAUUAUCUUGUUACAAAAUAGUGAGUUAAAUGGAUUAAACUUAUACUACGUUUUGGAAGUUUCUCAAAUAAUUUUGUCAGAACCUAUAGAAAAAAUGUGUGCCUUACAAAAGUUAGUUCUAUAAACUAAGACAAUCUUGAGUAAAUAAUUCCUAACAUAUAGUUUGCCAAAGUGUGGAUUGUUUUCCAAAGUGUGAUAUAAAACUCCAAUUUAGGGAAGCUUGCUUUUUAAGUUGGUUAAAGAAUUGAUUGUUGAAUAUCAUUUUGUGAUACAGUAAUUUAGAGGCACUAACUUUUGACAAAUGUUCAUUGUGGCACUAAUGGGCUACAUUUCUGAAGUCACUAAAUUUCUCAUUACAGCACAGGAAAAAAGAAGAUAAAGUAGGAGAGGGAUCAGUUACACAUUCAUUCCUAAGCAGCAUGUUUGAGAUGCAAUCCUAAAACCAUAUUCUACCCUGGACAUGGGAUCACCAGAAAGCAGACAGUAAAAUACUAUAAGCAGCAAGAAGACUGGAAGCUCAGAAGGAGGUCUAAUUCCUAUCAUUUCAAUAAGCUUGCUCCUUUAAGCCAACACAAACAAAAACGUCUUUGUUUGCAUGGAGCAAUUUGCAUUGACAAGACAUAAUUGUCUGUUGAGGUCAUACACAUACUUUUGAGACCAACAAGUCCUCUUAGUGCUGUUUCAGUUUUUUUUUCCCCAUUUUUUUGAAACACUUGAUUAUUUUACUGAUAAACUAAAAAGAUGACUUGUUUUAUUUAUUUAUUGGUUGUUCUUUUCUGUAGCCUGUGGCCUGUAAUAUUGUUUCAGAGUAGAAUCUUAAGAAUUGAUGGAGGGG